GGGAAUCCCCAAGUUAUAUUUUAGUUUUUGUUUUGCCUUAUUUUCCUAAUUUCUGAGAAUUUUUUUUCAUUUUUAACACAGGGGAAUUCCCAUUCUUGGUUUUUAUAUUACUGAACAAAUGUAAAAUAGAAAGGGGAAUCCCCAAGUUAUAUUUUAGUUUUUGUUUUGCCAUAUUUUUGGUGUUUUUGUCAUUCGUAUGUGAAAUUUGAUACGCGUGGACAUAUUUUGCGAGACUCUACCGAAAACUAAAAAUAACUUACCAAAAAUGUCAAAUAAACGUAAAAAAAACACUUUAUCUUUGGAAACCAAAGUAAAGAUAUUAGAAAAGCUGGACAAAGGUGUUCAAGGGAAUCGUCUAGCGCUAGAUUUCAACGUGAGCAAAUCUGCUAUCAGCUAUAUCAAGUCAAAUAGGUCAUCUAUAUUAAAUGCUGUUUCCAACACUUAUCAGGAAGCAUCAAAUAAAACUGUGCAUAGUGCCGAAUAUCCGAAAAUGGAAAGUCGUCUUUAUGAGUGGUUUUUAAAACAACGCGAAAGGAAGUGUACAUUGACAGCAACAAUAUUAAAGGAAAAAGCUAAACAAAUUUUUGGUGAAGAAUACCCCGAUAAAAAUAAAAAUGCAUUCCGAGCAAGCGAUGGAUGGUUUACUAAAUUUAAAAAGCGACACGGCAUUCGUUUUUUAAAAAUUGGUGGCGAGAUUCUUUCUAGUGAUAUUGCCUCCAUCACUCCAUUUAUUCACAGAUUCCGUGCAAAAGUCACUGAGAUGGGGUUAAUAGAGUCGCAAUUAUAUAAUGUGGACGAAACCGGAUUAUUUUAUCGUUGCCUACCAGAUAAAACAUAUGUCUCUGCUUGUGAAAAAAGUGCGCCUGGAUACAAAAUUCAGAAAGAACGAAUUUCAAUUUUACUUGGUUCAAAUGCUGAUGGGUCUCACAAAUUAGUGCCCUUAGUUAUUGGAAAAGCUAAAAAUCCCAGGAGCUUCAAAGGUUUUAAAAAUCCACUUCAUUACAACUUUUCCAAAAAUGCUUGGAUGACGUCUCGGAUCUUUCACGAUUGGUUUCACAAGAUAUUUAUUAAUGAAGUCAUCCAGUUUUCUCAAAAAAAUAACUUGCCUUCGAAGGCUCUUUUGCUUAUCGAUAACUGCUCCGCGCAUGCACCGAUUGAGCAUCUUCAAAGCAAAGAUGGCAACAUAGUUUCAUAUUUCUUGCCGCCAAAUGUGACAGCAGCUGUGCAACCAAUGGAUCAAAAUCCCAUAAAGUUAACAAAACUUGUUUACAGAAGUAAGUUACUUGCUGAAAUAAUAGCUGAAGGUGGUGCACUGAAUAGUCUGUUGAAAUCCCAUUCCAUCCGAAAGGCAAUAAUAUUUCUGAAACAAGCUUGGGAUGAGAUAACUCCAAAAGUGAUGAGGAAUUCUUGGUCAAAGUUGCUAAAUUGGGACUCUGACCAAUACGACAGCGAUGAUGAUGUGCCACUAGCAGAGUUGCUUAACAAAAAUGAGGACUGCAAUGAAUCUCUCCAAGUAAAUCAAACUCUUUUAGCAGAAAUUGAUCCAAACAGUUUCAUGUGUAUUGCUGACAUCGAGAAAUGGAAUGAAGAUGAGUUUGAAGACCGAACUGGUGAUGACCUAAGUAGCGAUGAUGAGUUUUCUGAUAGCAGUGAAGACGAUGUUGUUGAUGACACACCAGUUAUUUCAAAUGUUAUAGCUAUUGAAAGCGUUAACAAUUUAAUAAAUUGGUGCAACAAGAGUGAAUUGUCUUCCAGUAAGCACAUGACCAAUCUUUUGGCCCUCCGUAACGAUAUUGUUAUAUCGGAUUUAAAGAAACCAAAAAAACAAACAAAUAUUACUGAUUAUAUGUCAAACAAAAAUUAAUUUUGAACUGAGCCCUUAUCCUGAGUUUUUAAUUAAUUUCUGAAAUUUUUAGUUGUUUUUUUUUUUAAUAAUUGUUAUGUAAUGAACUGAAUUGUUAUGUUUAAAAAAAAAAAUAAGAAAAGAAAUAAAAAAAUGUUUUUA